AUGGCCGCCGCUCGCUGCCCUAGUGGAGAUUUUGGGCUAAGCAAGGACCUAAGGUUGCUAUUGGAGGUAUCUUUUACUUUCAAGAUAGUGAAGAAUUGUUCACGACCUGUGAUUGAGACUCAAAGUGCAUUUUCAAUUCCUGGUGUAGCUGAAAAUGAUACCAUUAAGUGUCCUUGUGCACAAUGUAGGAACUACUUUAGGCAUAUAAGAUACACUAUAGAGAUGCAUUUGUGUAGGCAUAGUUUUAAGGAAGACUAUGAAACUUGGACUGAGCAUGGUGAGGGGCUGAUUUCACAUGAUGGAUAUGAUGGUGUGGGAAAUAGAGAGGGCACUGAUGAAGUUGAUCAAAUGGAUCAAAUGUUGGUUGAGCUUGCUGGGCACCAUCCGCCUAUACUGGAUGCUGAACCAUCAGCAUAUGCCAAAGCUUUCUAUAGGAUGGUUGCUAGUGCAGAUGAGUUGGUGCAUGAUAGAACCACACACUCACGCUUGUCUGCUAUAGCUCGCUUGUUUGCUGUGAAGUCACGAUACAACAUGUUCGUCACAAAAUAUGAUGAUAUACUAGGCAUAGUACAUGAACUCCUUCCUCCUGACUCCAAGUUACCUAAUGGCUUCUACCAAUCUAAGAAAUUAUUAGAGGGUCUUGGUAUGCAAUAUAUCAAAAUUGAUGUUUGCUAUAACAAUUGCAUGCUAUUCUACAAAGAUAACAAGGACAAAGAUAAAUGUGAUUUUUGUGGUGCUAAUCGGCGUUUCUUGCCUGAAGAUCAUCCAUUUAGAAAUGAAGCUAAUGCUUUUCGCAAGAACACCAAGGUGUUUGAUGAGGCACCUAGGUGUAUCCAAAAACUUAGGAAAAAAGUAAGAAAUAAGGAUCGUGUUGAGGCUGGCAUUGUUGAGGCAUUUCUUGUUGAAGAGGCUGCAAAUACACUAAGUAUAUAUUUUAGACCCCAUGCUCCAUCUGUUAGAAAUAAGGUGUCUCGCUAUGAUGAUUGUGCAUCUUCAUUUCAAGGUACAUGUGACCUUGACAUUUUUAAAUGCCUGGGUCGUUGCAUGAGCCCUAGAGGUGUUCGUGAACUCUCAAACAAGGAGUACAAGUGCUUGAAAACAGCUAGCAUUCACAAUGCUCUGUUCCAAAUGUCCUAUGGUUACUGCCCUCGAGUUAGGUCCUAUGGGUGUUAUGAUGUCAAUGGCUAUAGAUUCCGUUCAAAGAAAUAUGGGAGUGGAAGAGUUGGGCUAACAACUAUCAAUAGUGGUGUUUGUGUAACUUCUUUUGAUGAAUCAGACAAUGCUCUAGAGUAUUAUGGAAUCAUAGAAGAUAUAAUUAAAAUUGAGUGGGAAGGCAGCAUGAAACUAGAGUUGGUGCUGUUUUAUUGCUCCUGGUUUGAUCCAACACCCAAUGGAUUGAGGUGUAUUGAAGAUCUAGGCUUGGUAGAGAUCAAUCAUACAUUAAGAUUAUCAAAUUUUAACCCAUUUGUGAUGGCUAGUCAGAUUACUCAAGUGUACUAUCUGUCAUACCCGUGUAAGAACAGAGAGUUGUCUUUAUGGUGGGUUGUCUACCAUGUUGCUCCACAUGGAUGUGUGCCUAUGAAUGAAAGCAGUAGUGAAGCUAUGAAUAUGGAAGGGGUAGUGCAGGAUGUCUACCAAGCGGAUGGUUUGGAUGGCGCCUUUGUCAUUGAUUUGAGUGAUGCCUUGGACUCCAUAAUUGCAACGGGAUCAGAUGAGGUUACUGACCUAAAAGACUUGGAAGCAAUACAGAAACAAGUUGUUCUGGAUGAGGAAUAUGAUGAAGAAGUUAUUGAAGAAGAGAAAGAGACGGAAGAGGAUGAUGAAGCAAUGGAUGAAGAAGAUGAAGAAACUUAUGAUCCAAAUGAUUUUUGA